UACUCUUCAAGGCUUUUCCAUAUUUUCAUCUGUGUGUGUAGUUGGGUAAUCUUUCUACUUGGCAAAAUUAAUCAAAAUUGUAGGUCGUUAGAAUCAACUUUUCAAGUCAUACAAUGUCCGCCAUCGGAAUCAAUGGUUUUGGGCGCAUUGGCAGGAUGUUCGCCCGCCAGGCUCUGGUGCGCAAGGAUGUCCAGAUUGUGGCCAUCAACGAUCCCUCGCUGGAUCCCAAGUACCUGGCCUACAUGCUGCGAUACGACUCCACCCAUGGCCAGUUCAACCAGAAGAUCUCGGUAGAAGGAAACAACCUCAUCGUGAACGACAAGAAGAUCCAGCUGCUCAAGGAGCCGGAUCUCAAGAAGGUCAAGUGGGGCGACCUGUGCGUGCACACAGUGGUGGAGUGCUCCGGCAGGUUCACCACCCUGAAGGCCUGCCAGGCGCACCUGGAUGGUGGGGCCAAGAAGGUGGUCAUAUCGGCUCCAUCCGCAGAUGCUCCGAUGUUUGUGUGCGGCGUGAAUCUGGAUAAAUACAAGCCGGAUAUGAAGAUCAUCUCGAAUGCCUCCUGCACCACCAACUGCCUGGCGCCGCUGGCCAAGGUGGUCCACGAUAACUUCCAGAUAUGCGAGGGCCUGAUGACCACCGUGCACGCGGCCACCGCCACUCAAAAGAUCAUCGAUGGACCCAGCAGCAAGCUCUGGCGCGAUGGACGCAGUGGCAUGACCAACAUCAUUCCCGCCUCCACAGGCGCCGCCAAGGCAGUGGGCAAGGUCAUUCCGGAUCUGAAUGGAAAGCUCACGGGGAUGGCCUUCCGCGUGCCAACGCCCAACGUUUCUGUGGUGGACCUAACGUGUCGCCUCGGCAAGUCCGCCAAAAUGGACGACAUCAAGAAGUGCAUCAAAGCUGCAGCCGAGGGCGACAUGAAGGGCAUCCUCGGCUACGUGGAGGAGGAGGUGGUGUCCACCGACUUCAACGGAUCGCGAUUCGCCUCCGUAUUCGAUGCCAAGGCCUGCAUUGCCCUCAACGACAACUUCGUCAAGCUGAUCAGUUGGUACGACAACGAGACGGGCUACUCCUGUCGACUCCUGGACCUGGUUCUCUAUUCCCAGUUGGCCGACAAGUGCGCCGAAAAGGAAAAAAAUGCUUGUAAGAAGGAAGAUCCCUGUAAGAAGAAAGAAGAUCCCUGCAAGAAAAAGGAAGAUCCUUGCAAGAAAAAGUAAAUUAAUGGAUAAUAAUUUUAAACGGUUAGAAAGAAGACUCAAUUUAAUAUUUCUUUCAAAACAUUGAAUCAAUGGAAUCAAUUUUACCAAAUUUAUACGCGCUUCCCAUAUUGAAGUUAAAGCGUUUAAGCUUAUUUAAAUUAAAACUAUAAACUUACAAAUCAA